UUUGAAUCAAAGUAAACUUUUAAGACCAUGGGUUUGUAAACUUCAAUCAGUUAAAAUAAAAAGUAGAAUCAAAAGGCAGAGCCAGAGGUGUGGCGUUCUGAGGUAAAAACACCAUCUCCUGUGUACACUGGAUUCCAAUAAAGGUGUAGAACUAAACAAUUAACAUCAAUGAAUGCUGUUUGAUUCAAUCAUUGCAGUUCCUGACUCCUGGGUUCACCAGGAAACAGUCUCUCAGGUCUAGGUUUUACUCCUGUAGCAGGUCAGACCCAUUUAAUGACCGAUCCUCACUUGUUUGCUCACUCAACUUAUCCUGCCAGUCAAUGUAUCCCGGGGCUAAAAGCCAAACAAGCUGAUCAGCCAGUCACCUCUGUCCACACAGCCCCCCCACUAAGAGGCUAAUGGUCGGGGAUGUCUAAUCCUUCUCAAAACAACCACAGAGAUGCUAAUUGUAUCUUACUAUAAAUACUGACCCACUCCGUCUCCUCCUCCUCUAGAUUUUUCUCCACUCUCGGACAUCGACUUCUCAGAAAGGCUGACAAAAAUACCGGGAGAGCGUCGAUUACUUAAACCACACGGAGUGAGCGCGAACCCUGGUUUUACGCACGGAGCGGUUUUUACGCACAGUUGGAUACAACGGUCCACGAACCCUGACAACACUUCCGGACUGUUUUGGACACUCGGUCAAGGCGGGAUGUUCCCGUUACCGAUGUUCACAGCGGAGCAGGUGGCUCGCGUGUGCGAGAACCUGGAGGAGACCGGGGACAUCGACCGCCUCGGCCGGUUCCUCUGGUCUUUGCCAGCCGCCGUGCCGGGCUCCGCCGGGGAGGUGUUGAACCGACACGAGUCAGUGAUGCGAGCCAGGGCAAUGGUCGCCUUCCAUGGAGGUAAUUUCGACGCACUCUACCAAAUCCUCCAGAGCCACAGGUUCACGCGUGAGUCUCACGCCAAACUGCAGAACCUGUGGCUGGACGCGCACUACCGGGAGGCGGAGAGGCUGCGGGGGCGGCCGCUGGGUCCGGUGGAGAAGUACCGCAUCCGCAAGAAGUUCCCUCUGCCCCGCACCAUCUGGGACGGGGAGCAGAAGACACACUGCUUUAAGGAAAGAACUCGCAGUUUGCUGAGAGAGUGGUACCUUCAAGAUCCGUAUCCAAACCCUUCCAGGAAACGACAUCUGGCCCAGGCCACGGGACUAACACCCACACAGGUGGGCAACUGGUUCAAGAACCGACGCCAGCGAGACAGAGCUGCAUCUGCAAAGAACAGAAUGCAGCAGGACUCCUCCCUCUUGGCCUCUGAAACCUCCCCUGAUAGGACCAGCCAGGAGCGCCACCAUCACCCCCACCUGUUAGCUUCUUCCCUCCACCACCUCAGCAGCAGCCCUGAGGCCAGUGACUGCAGCACAGAGAUGGAGCACAGACGAACAGCAGCCUCCACUCUGGAGAUCUCAGUCAGCAGUGACAGCGAGUUUGAGCCUUGAAGCGGACGAUGAUCUGAUUCUGGGUUUUU